UGUUUGAAAAAUAAGCACAAACUCAAUUUUCGUAGCUGUAUUGUUGAAUUGUUAAAACAAACCAUUGAAUUGAUAUAAAGGAGAUUUUUGGACAUGCGUGUAAAUGGAUUUUUGGAUUAUUAAUCUAGUUAAUCUUUUAUUGAAAAACCUUACUAAGACAGCGUCAAUUUAACAAACUGAAAGAAAAAUCCAUCAUCCAUCUAUUCACAUCUUGAUAUAGAAGAAAAUGGAAGGGUCCAAGAUGGAAGAGCAAAUAAUAACGGAUCAAACCUUACAACCUAUUGUUAUUGAGUGGAUGAUUAAACUUCAGCAAGGAAUAUUGACUGCUACCGAUAUUCGUUCUUACUGGGCUCGCACAGUUCCUAAAAUCUAUAGUCCAUCUCGAGAUUGUAACUGUUUAAAUAUUCAAUUUGAUGAAGAGAAAGCAAAAUCGACUCUUCUUUUACCCUUGGAACAAUUCUUGACUUUAAGUGAUAAUCCCAAAGAAGUAUGUGAAAACCUCAAAAAAACUGAUGCCGAUCCGAUGCUUUGUGGUAAAAUGUUCAAAAAUGGGGAACCAGUCUACUCUUGUCGGGACUGUGGGCUUGAUGCUUCCUGUGUCCUUUGCGUGGACUGUUUUAAACGAAGCGCUCAUCGUAAUCAUAAAUACAAAAUGUGUAUGAGCUCAGGUGGAGGCUACUGUGACUGCGGGGAUUCCGAAGCUUGGAGAGCACAUGUCUUCUGUGAUGAGCAUCUUAAGGGAAGUCAAAAGGCUGGUGAAGAGGAAGACCCAAAAAACAGGUUAAAUCCUGAUCUUGUUCGAAGAGCUGAAAUCAUCAUGAAAACUGUGGUACAUUAUUGUUUUGAAAUUUUAGAAUGGGAAAAUUCAACAGUCUUACCUGAAAGCUUACAAGUAAAAUCAGCUCAAUCAGAGCCUGGAUCAGAAGAUUAUGCUACGAUGCUUUUUAACGAUGAAAUUCAUACAUAUGAUCAAGUUAUCCAAACAUUGAAUCGUGCAAUUGAAUGUUCUACAAAAGAAGCCAUUGAUUUUGCUACGACUAUUGAUCAUGAGGGAAGAACAAUUGUCAGAUGUUCUAAUUUCCAAUCAUGUUGCCAUGUUAAGCAAUUGAUUGAAAAACACACUGGUAGAAGUGGUAGUAAAUCUCUGAAAUGUGAUGUUAUGUUAACAAGUGUCAUUGCUCAUCAAACAUUUGCCAUGAGGCUACUUUCCUGGCUUCAAAAUAUUUUGUCAUAUUGCGAAGGGUUUAGAUCAAUAUUUGGCUCAAUUAUGAUGCAAAUGUAUCCAGAAGAAGAGCCAGAUCCGUUUGCAGGCUCUCUGCUGGAAGCAAUUAUGAAGACUGAUGUUCGUCUUUGGAAAACUGCAAGAAACCAAUGGCACCAACUUUUCAUAAUUGGCCUUUUAAUGAAUUCCGAAACAAAAAAACAAUUUGCAAAAACAUUUACACGAAUCUAUUCUUCUCUUAUGAAAGACUUUAUCAACGAUGAUCAUGAACAUGGUGUAUCAAUAGCAAGCCUGGCUGUUCAAAUUUUCACGGUGCCAACUUUAGCUCACAGUCUUAUUGCCGAGGAUGACGCAUUUAAUAUCCUAAUUUCAACGUUUUUACAUGAAUGUGUUAAACACCGUAAUACUGAGGGCAAACUUGCUUUUGAACGAAAUCAUGCAACAAUCAACUCCUUCAAGCGAGUUCAGUUUAUACUCUCAGAUCUUAAAUAUCUUCUUUACAUUAAACCUAAAGUAUGGACCGAUGAGUUAAGAAAAAGUUUUCUACAUGGAUUUCGUCGACUCAUUGAGCUUUUGGGCUGGAUGCAAGGAAUGGAUAGUGUUGUACGACAAAUAGGAGCUCAUGUUGAAUUUGAGGCUGAAUGGGAAACAGGUAUUAAUCUUCAACUCAAACUUGCUCCCAUUUUAUCAUUGAUCAUUGAAUGGUGUGGUUCUGAUCUAAGUGUACUGGUCAAAUCUCUCCGUAUUUCUGUUCAAGACUUAAGUGACCGCAUGAGUUUCAUUCAAUAUGAUGAAUGGUCUUUAUGCUCAUAUCGUGUUAAAUGUAUUCAAUAUGAUGUUUCAACUAAUCCUGUUACAAUACAUAUACCAUUAUCCCGACUAGUCGCAGGUUUAUUGCUUCAUGUUACAAUGACAGAUUUAAAUCCUAAAGAUUUAAUUAGACCUGCUGCUCGAGUUCUCAUGGAACUACCUCUUCGCACUUUAGUUUUAAUAGCUCAAUUUAGGGCUGGUAUGUGGCGAAGAAACGGUUUCUCUUUGGUGAAUCAAGUUUAUUUUUAUCACAAUACUCGUUUAAGAGAUGAAAUGUACGAUCGUGAUAUCAUGAUGUUACAAUUUGCUGCUGCUUCAAUGGAUCCAAAUGAAUUUUUAGUUCUGGUUCUCCAUAAGUUUGGUCUGAUUUUCUGGGCCCAAGACUCAUUUGAAACCAAAAGUCGUAAACCUGAAGAAGAUUUUAUGAGGCAAACUGUUACUAUGGUGGAAGAGUUUCUCAAUUUAUUAUUAAUCAUUGUUAGUGAACGAUACACCCCAGGUAUCGGUAAAGUUACUUUUCAAGAACGCAUGAGACGAGAAAUAAUACAUUGGUUGUGCAUGGAGCCGAUGACCCACAGUGAUCUUUUAAAAUGCUUACCCCGUGAACUUUAUGAUGAGGUUGAAAUUGAGAAGUUAAUAUUGGAUGUUGCCAGUUUCAAGCGACCCUCACCAAACCAAGCUGGGGGCAAAUAUGAACUUAAAGAAGAAUGUUAUUCGUAUUUCAAUCCCUUCUUUUAUCAUUACUCACGUCAAGAACAAAGUACCGCUGAAGAGGUUCAGCUUAAGCGUAGACGUACCAAUCGUGAAAAGCUUAUUUGCUGUCCUCCACCAGUUCCUCCGGAUUUCGCCCCAUUCUAUACUCCAAUUUUGAAGAUUCUUCAAAGUGAUAUAUUUCUUCAUGUUAUUAAUUCAGUUUUGGUUCGGGCUACAUCAUCAUACUCACUUUCAUUCUCAGAGACUCAAUUCGAGAAAACUUUACACUUAAUCGGUGUAGCUUUACAUGAAGAGAGCAAAUCAUUGGAACAAGCACCUCAAAAUGACAUGGAAGGUCAAAUCAGAUUUACUGAACUUGCCGUUUCCAAAGGCAUUUUAACGGGAUUGCAAGCUUGUUUAGAAGUUUCUCGAAUUGAUUCACACCGAGAUCUACUUUUGUGGACUCUUAAAAAAUUUUCUGAUGUUGCCAAAUUACGAGGAACAGAACUACCUCAAACUUCAACCAUGAUGUCAGCUGUUUCGGAGAUGGAAGAUGAAAAGCCUCGAUCUAAAGAGUCAUCUAAAGCAAAGAUUGCCGCUCAAAGAAGAGCCAGAAUCAUGGCACAAAUGAAAGAUAUGCAAAAAAAUUUUAUCAAAGGUCAUGCUGAAUAUUUUAAAGAUAAAGAUUCAUGUUCCACAUCUGGUGGAUCUCUUAUGGAUUUGUCAAAUGCUGAAGAUGAAUCUAGAGAACUACCUAGACAACCCUGUGCAGUUGGAAUGAACCAACGAGGAAAAGAGAUUCCAGAAGAAAGUCAUAUCUGUAUCCUAUGUCGUGAGGAACAAGCUAUCGAAGUCUCUGGCCGCUGCAUGGUUUUGGCUGCUUUUGUUCAAGGAUCCACUGUUUUAUCAAAGAAUCGUGAACGUGAUGUCAACGAGGAAAACUUUCUGCCGUUUAUGCCCGCUGAUCUCUACUUUGGCUGUCAUGUUUCAACUUGUGGUCAUGUAAUGCACAGCGAUUGCUGGCAAAAAUUUUUCGAUGCAGUGCUUAGUAAAGAAAGAAGAAGACCUUUGCGUUAUGGUCGGCAUGUCAGCUUCGAUGUUGAUAAAAGUGAAUUUCUUUGUCCUCUUUGUGAAUGCCUCAGUAAUGCUGUGAUACCUUUGAUACCACCUUCUAUCUACCGUGAAACUGAUUCGGAACCCUAUGUCCGAGAUAUCAACCUUUCCGAUUGGAUUACUAGUUUACUAGGUCUAAUUGAGAAAAUAUCACUCAACAAAAUUGGCUCUGGUCAACCAGAUGGUUGUCGUAUUUCUACACUAGCUGAACUCAGUACUCGUCCUAGUGAAGGGGCUUACGCUGCAUCUUUAACCACUGCUUUUAUAGAAAUCUCGAAAAAACUUUCUGACGAUAUCAAAUCAAUGAUGAGACUUUUAAACCAAUCAAUUAAUAAUAUAUUUCGUCAUCGUUCCGAUUUUAUUCAAGAAGACAUGAUACCAAACCAUGCUUAUUGGGCAGCGGCCUUUACAAUUCACUCAAUUGAACGAGUUCUACGUGACGAGAAGAAAUCUAUUUUCGGUGAUUUAUCCUCUAGAAGAUAUAAUUGUCUUCAAGCUCUAGUCAGAUAUGUGGGAGUAAUUACCGUAGAAGAUGAUUCGGGUUGUAUAGGAAUACAUUGUGCUCGUCUUUUAAGAUAUCUUCUUGUUUAUGAAGAUUAUAUCCUCAAUCCCAGUUGUUUAGACGUUGAUGCUUUUGGCCUAUUGUUAACCCUAAUAUUAACCAGCCCGUCUCUUCAUUUACCCGAAGAAGAAGUUUAUACAACCCCUUCUAUACCUAAUGGAAGUGUAUCAGACCAGCAUUUCAUCAACCUUAUGACUGUCUUCCACUGUGUACAAAUUAUUCUCACAGACAAAGAUUUCCUUGAAGAAUGUAGUAGUAGUAGUGAUAGUUUUAGUGACCCAAUGGAAAUUGAUGAUCCCAAAGAUUCUGAAAGUGAGACAGAACUUAAGUUUGUUCAUGAAUUUUAUACCAGCAUAUUGGUAGCUGCUGGAGUAGAUCUUGAAAAAGGUGAAAAGAUCAAGGAAUAUAAUAAGGGUCGUACAGAACGGAUAAUCAAAAUGCUGAGAGCCCAAUUGCUUCCAUUUUUAAGAUGCACCGCAGUCUUUUUUCACUUUUUAACCGGAGUUGUUCCUCCAGCUAGAUUAAAAGAAGGUGGCAGCCAAUCAUUGCCCAGUUCGGAUGUUGAAUAUACGUUACUUUGUGAAUACCUGGGCAUGUCGCCUAAAUUUUCAUUAUCAUUUGGUUGCCAGUCUUUACGUCAACUUUCCCGUAUUUGGUCUCAACAUCCAAGAAUUCGAAUUUUACUCAGUGAAAAACCUGAGAAUCUACUUUUGCCAGCAAAUCUCCCGCUUAAGCUCAUUAAGCAGCCUCAUUCUGUUAAUCAAUUGUCAAGUUUACCCAAAGACUACAGUGAAUUAAUAAACAGUGUCUCCCAAUUUAUCUGUCCCAACUCGGAAAGUGAUGAAGCUCGUACGCCUACAAUGUGCCUUGUUUGUGGCACUAUACUCUGCUCUCAAAGCUACUGCUGUCAAACUGAAGUUGACGGGCAAAUGGUUGGAGCUUGUACCUUUCAUGCUCUUGAUUGUGGUGCAGGUAUCGGAAUAUUUCUUCGUAUCCGUGAUUGUAAGAUACUCCUUCUUGCCGGACGAGCUAAAGGUACUUACAUGUCUGCCCCUUACAUAGAUGCAUAUGGAGAAACAGAUCAAGGUUUAUUCAGGGGCAAUCCUCUAUCUCUGUGCGAAUCUUCCUACAAGCAGCUACACAGAUUAUGGUUAAGACAUGGUAUUCCAGAAGAAAUAGCUCAUUCCCUGGAAUUGCAUAGUAACAUGGCAACCAUCAAUUGGAUUCUGCUCUGAGUUAAAAGUCCACAAAUGAUCAAAAUAUCGAUGAUGACAGACUUUAAUUUUCAACUUUAUGAAGAAGAAAUAUCCAACAUCCAGCGUACAUCAGUCUAUCUCACAGACCCUCUUCUUUUUCUUCUCUCCUAUUUUUUUUAUUACUACAGAAUUUGAGUCUGUAAAAGCUUAUUCUGAUGUGAUUUCCAUGGAAUUAAAUGUUGAAUGAACCAUGAAUGAUAAUCAUUCUUUGUCGAAUGAAAUCAGAAAAAAACAAGGCGAAAUCAUUCUUUUCAUCCAAUAAAAGGGCGAGGCAACGUCAAAAUUUUAUAUCUCAUCAUCAUUACAGUAGAAGUUGAAAUUUAAAUUAUCUUUCAGCCAAUCCCUAUUAACUCCACAAAUAAAUGCACCCAAUUUUAUUCUAAUACUCAAUAUUUAUACAGAAAAACAAAAUAAUAUUGAAAACAAACCUAAAACUGAUUAAAACAUUUCUAGUUUCCAACUGAUUAAUAAAAUCGGUCACACAAUGAACACAAACAAACCAUUAAAUGAAGGCAAUACUUUUGUUAA